GAGAGGAGAGAGCGUCAGACCGGCCAACCCAGGCCCUCCACGCCCGUCCUGGGGACCCCCCAAUCCCCUAAACGCAGGGGUCUGUCAGGAGCCUGGGGAGCCCGUGCCGUUCUGCAGCGAACCCCCAUCGCAUCCGGCCCGGAUUGUCCCAACCCGCCUGACAGGCCUGACCGAAUUCCUUCCCCGUGAAGCACAGCGUCCCCGCGCCGCCCCCACACCCAGCCGGGCCCCGCGGGCGCCCGCCGUGCCCACCGGCUCCAUGCUGUCACCAGUGGCCCCACUGGGACGCUCGGCCAUGCCAGGUACCGGCAUCCCAGCUCUGCCAGUGGCCGCCUUCCUGUCAGCACCCUUAUCUCCCCGAGGCCGGCACCAGCCCAAGGGCGGCACCAGGCAACCCCGUCCGCGCCCUCCAUUCACACCCAGGCCGAGGGGCUCGGGCUCCCGGCACAGCCCGAGCCCCCCGGUGAGCCCAGCCCAGAGGAGGGAGCCGUGCCGGGGGCCGGAGGCAGAGCUGGACCCCAUCCAGGGUUGGCACAGCCCCUGAGAGGCACUCUGCUCCUCCCAGGAUAUCCGCGAGCAUCACCCCCAGAGCGGUGCCACGGGCACACAGGCACGGUGAGUGGAGGGGGGGGCACAGCUCCAGCACCUUCCCAAUUGUGCCGAGCCCAGAACUCACCCAAAGGAGCUUUGGUGACUGCUCCGUCCCCGAGGCAGGGAUCCCUCCCUCUGCCCAGGGGGGACGCAGGGGCACUGGAUGGGCCUCGUACCCCAGGACAGGCCAGGCAUGGAGGAGAGGGAGGGAGACCCCAAGCUGCCCAGGGCCAGCCCGUCUCGCCCAUGGAGGGACACACCGUGCCAGGCCACCCACCCAGUCUUGGGGGCAAGGGGCACGCUGCUGCCAGCUCCCCCGGGAACAGCUGGAGCCCCAAAGCAGAGGCGGGGGGCAAACCCAUCCGGGGACCCCACAGAGAUAGCCAGGGGAUGCCCCAGCGCCAGGCACAAGGGAGUAGCCAUGCCCUAGCCCGAGUGCGGGAGCCAGCCGCUGCCGGGGGCCACCUCCCUCCUCCGAGGGGCCAGCUGGGCCCUGGGAGAAAAGGGAGGGAGGACGGGCACGUACCUGGCUCAGGAGAAGCCCAUCUCUGCCCCGGUUACACUUUGCAGCCGUGCCGGGGCCCAGCCAGAGGCCUCGGCUCACAUUUCUGCGUCUGCCGGGCCUCUCGGGACCGACCAAGCCUAAAUAUAGUCACAGCUUGGGUGGCCACAUGCGAGCGGGGGGGAAGAAGGGGGGGCUGCUCACACUGCCGCUCCCCAGUGCCGGGAGAGGGCAGGCGUGGAGCGGCCCCGGCACCCCAGGCUCGGCUCCUUGGGGAGCGGGGAGCUGAGGAGGGGGUUUUGGCAAGCACAAAACUGCUCACCACCUCGACGAUGAGUGAGGGGGUUGCAGGGGAUAAAGUCUGCCCCAGCCCUCCGCCAGGAGAGUUAAACAUUAAACGGCCCCGAUUUGGAAAAGGGCGGGGACACGAUGCGCAGCCCUCAGUGCUGCUGAGAGAUGAGCAACACCCCCUGCCCCCCAAAACAGCUUGUAAUAAAGUUGCAGAGACAGCCCCAGUGAGCUGGCAGAGGCAAAGGAAGGGGUCUGUGCUCAGCUGGCCAGAGGCAGCAGAGCAAAAAAAAAAAAAAAAAAAAAAAAAAAGUGGGGGGGGGGGGGGGAAAAAAAAAAAAAAAAAAAAAAAAAGAGACAGAUGAGCGCGGGGGGAGCCCACCCCGGGGCCGUGCUGCCCCCUCCCCGGGGUGCGGCAGGUCCCGUCCCGGGGGCGGGGGCGGGGGGGGAAGCGCCGAGGGGGGUUUUGCAACAAGAGGAGCCGCGGCGGCCGCUGCCUCCCCCGCGCCGGGAGAGGCCCGGGCUGCGCUGGGCCCCGCCGGGCCGGGGGCGGUGG